AAAACGACACGCGAUGCGGUACAAAUCAGUCUUCUGCCCGAACACUACAAGGCAGCUCAUCAGUUUCCCACAAUCCUGCACACCGCACCAUGAAGGUUUUCGUAGUUAUCAGCGUUUUCGUGGCUCUGGCCGUAGCCGAACCCCCGGCUUAUCGUGGCCAGAAUCAGCAGCAGAGGAGGUACUACUUCGCCCGCCAAGAGGAGGCAACUCCGGCUCAGGCGGAUGCAGACGCGCCUUAUCCACCCUCGGGAUGGAAGCCGGAUGGUCCAUCCUUCGAUCUACCCCAGAGGCAGCUUGAGGACUCUUACGGGCCCCCGAACUCGUCCGGAGGCCCAGUUUCCACCGACCAACAGCAGCAGUACCCUGCCCAGGAUUCACGGGCGCAGGGAAAUCAGCAGGAACAGCAGCAGCAACAGGGAUUCCCGGUAAACUCGCAGCGGUUCCAGAGUCGCCAACAGCAACAGCAGCAACAGCAGCAGCAAUUUGCGACCGCCCAGAACCAGGACCAGCAACGUCAGUACCUGGCCCCGGUAUCCCAACCUCGGAACAUUCAAUACGGCCCUCCCGAACCUCAGGAACAAUUCCAGCCUCCACGUCCCGACCAGGAAUACGGUGCCCCAUGGACGACCACGGAGGAACCCUCGACCACAACCGAAAUCGAAGACUCCACGACGACCUCAGCACCGCAGACAGACUCCGACGUCGAGCCCGUCAACUCCGUCAACGAGCUGGACGAGGAGGGUGACCUGGACGAGCAGCAGGUUGAGGCGCAGCAGCAGGACCGCCAGAAGGGACAGUACUACGUGGCUCUGCCCGACGGCCGUCUGCAGCGCAUCCAGUACGUCAGCCACCAGGACCUCGAGGCGAUGAAGUACUUCGCCAGGAUUCAGGCCGAGAACGUCGAGCCUCUGCGAGGACCGAUCUACUCCUACUCGCCCCUCCAGGAGCUUCAAAUCGCCCCUGCAAGCCUCCGCUACAACCCCGUUUCACCCGCGGUAGCUUCCGCCUCGGCACCGGCGAAGAUCGAGCUCCAGGAGGAGGCGGCACCGUCGCCUCCGCUCGCUGCCACCCUUCUCCGGUACUCUUACGGAGCACCCUCGCCCGUUGUUCCACUCUCCCAGAACUCCAGAUAUUCCGCAAGCUACAAGGCCCCGAACCCUGAGACCCGCUAUCUCCUCAGCUUCUAGUGCGGUAAUUGAAUUCCCUCAUCUUAAAAUUUUUCGAUGCUCAAUCCUUGAUCAAUGAU